UUAAAGGGGCAGUCGCCUCCAGAGUCAGCAACGCAUGGAGAGAAGCAUGGGUGAACUGCAGCAGUUGCAAGGCACACGGAUGUACCUUUAAACUCCCCCUGCAGAAAGUUUCCCUAUCUUGGCAGGCACAAGUUCAAUCUACUUUUCAGUUCUGUUUCCGCCAAGGUUUCCCAGACACUUUCUACGACUGUCCUUUAUAGCCAUAUACCAGGAAGUUUCAGUUGACCAAGGCAUAUGUGGAAUCCGUAAAAAUUAGCCACAGUUUUACAAAGGAUUUGGUUGAAGGGGCUACCUGCACCUUUAGCAUGUUGCUUGAUCUACAGAUGAGUCAAUUUCAUUUGAAAGUCGGGCAUAAUUGACUUCAUUUCUUCAACAGCAUGUGUAAAAACCUGCAGCUAGCUGGUCUUACUGAUUUUAUCCACGUGUGGUGCCAUACUUUUCCGUCAUCGACUAAGGUACAUUGUACAUGUAUUUCCUCGUCCGGCUUUAAUGUCUCGUUAACGGAACUAACCCUUUCACACUGCAGCUGUAUGCCUGAAUGCAGGCCUGGUCGGUCGGCUGGUCAUCUAGAAAGCUGGAGAGAUUCCAAGCAGCUUGGACUGGCUCUGUUGCUUGUUACGCCGCAGUAAACCAACUGCCACAUUCUGCAUCAGUGACUUUUCUCACGUUGGGAUAAUACGCAGGAAGAAUUUAUACUGUCUGAUUCCAUGGGUACUACAUUAUCCUGACAUUUCACUUGGAACUAUACCACUGCAGAAUCAUUUUUAUUUGGAUUGGUUUUCAUCCUUGCGUAGUCAGGCACGACUCACUUUAUUCAAGGUUUCACCUCUGAACUUUGAGAUUUAUUCAGAAGAAACUGAAAGUGAUCCUUUCGGUGAUGCACCGGAAAUCAUUUUGGAAGUGAUCCGGGAAGUUUUGCAUGGAAUGUAAACAGAGCGUCGACCUUUUAUUUUUACACGUUGUUUUUUGUUGGUGAUCGCUUGGUGAGUUAGUUUUUCUUCCGAUGAUCUGCAUUGAAUGCUUGGUAUGGAAGGAUCACCGCUGUUGGAGCUCAUAGGACCAUGUAGCCAGCAGGAAGGCCCAUUAGAAAACGUGGAGGCAUGCAUCAAGGAGGGCUUUCUCAUGAAGCAGACCAGUUCUUUCCAGAGAUGGAGACGACGGUAUUUCAAACUGAAAGGGCGGAAUCUUUAUUAUGCCAAAGAAAGCACGUCUCAUAUUUUCGAGGAAGUUGACCUGCGAGAAAUCAGCGUCGCAGAGAGCAGCACCAAGAAUGUGAACAACAGUUUCAGGGUCAUCACGCCAUUCCGUACCUUAAUCCUCUGCACGGAUACACGCAAAGACAUGGAGGAAUGGAUCAGUGCCUUCAAGUCAGUGGCUAACAGAGACUUUUACGAGGAAGGAGAGCACAUGCGUGACAUGCUAUCCGGGAUGCACAACUGGUAUGCCUGCUCACACGCCCGGCCUACGUACUGCAAUGUGUGUAGGGAAGCUCUGUCUGGCGUUACAUCACACGGGCUUUCUUGUGAAGUAUGCAAAUUUAAAGCCCACAAACGCUGUGCGGUCCGUGCCCAAAACAACUGCAAAUGGACGACGUUGGCAUCAGUGGGCAAAGAUAUCAUUGAAGAAGACGAUGGAACAAUUUCCACCCCUCAUCAGUGGCUCGAGGGUAACCUACCAGUCAGUGCCAAGUGUGUAGUGUGUGAUAAGACCUGUGGUAGCGUCCUGCGCCUACAGGAUUGGAGGUGCCUAUGGUGUAAGGCCAUGGUGCACACACAUUGCAAGACCCAGUUCCCAGCCAAAUGUCCCCUAGGCCAGUGUCGCCUCUCCCUCCUUCCCCCUAUCUCUCUGAACUCCAUGAGCUCGGACGGUUACUGGCAGGCCACCCGCCAAGGCUGCAGCAGCCCGCUGCUUGUCUUCGUCAACUCUAAGAGUGGCGACAACCAGGGGGUGAAAUUCUUACGUCGGUUCAAGCAACUCCUCAACCCAGCUCAGGUGUUUGAUCUCAUGAACAGCGGGCCGCAUAUUGGGUUACGCCUUUUCCAGAACUUUGACACGUUCAGGAUCUUGGUGUGUGGCGGUGACGGCAGCAUCGGUUGGGUGUUAUCAGAAAUCGACAAGCUGGACCUUCAUAAACAGUGCCAAAUAGGUGUCCUACCUCUAGGUACGGGUAACGACCUCGCCCGAGUCUUGGGCUGGGGAACAGCCUUCGAUGACGACAAUCAACUCCCGACCAUCUUGGAUAAAUUGGAGAGAGCCAGUACCAAGAUGCUUGAUAGAUGGAGUAUAUGCACCAAAGAGUUGCCUCUGCCAGGCAGCAGACGGCCGGCUGGGACGGCCAUAGACCUCAAGGCUGAUAGUCUAGACGUCUCAGACUCCAUCGAGAGCAAAGACAAGGAGAUGAUUACCGCGUAUGAAAACUCAGUGGCAGCUCAUCUGACAAAGAUACUACACUGUGACGAGAACACUGAUGUGAUAUCAUCAGCCAAGGUAUUAUGUGAGACUGUCAAAGAUUUCGUUGAGAAGGUCGGCCGGGCGUAUGAGCAGAGCUGCCCAUCAGGGGACGCUCAAAUCAUGAAAGACAAGUGUGCCGUUCUGAACGAGAAACUGAAGCUCCUCCUCCAAACCCUUGAAGACGAGGCCCAAGCCACGCCCAUCCCUCCUGGCACCCUCCCCCCAACUCCCUCCCUCACCAUGCCCCUCCCACCAGAGGACUCCUCCAAGGACCCGCUUCACGAUGGAGACACUCUGGAGCAGAUGACUGGACCCUCAACCUCAGCGAAAGUCUUCAAGCCUCGCGAUGCCUUGAUGUCUCGCGCUAACAGUCUCAAGAAGGCCGUCAGACAGAUCAUUGAGCAGACGGAGAAAGCUGUUGAUGAGCAGAAUGCCCAAACGCAACACCAUGAGGCCAAAGCAAAAGCUCUAGCAGACAAAGCCGCCACUUCUGCCACCAAGGCAACCACAUCUACAGAGGGCUCCCCUCAAUCCUCCACGCAGCCCAGCAUCACUGUCGUGGCGCCGCCCGAUGAAGAGAAGGAGGCAGAGAAAGGAGAGGAGGAGACUAUGGAGAAGGAAGGAGGCAGGGAAGGAGAAGCAGAGGCGACUACGACGGGGGAUGGUAAGGAGGAGCCUAAGGCAUCUUUCUCUGUCUUCACCUCGGCUACUAAGGCCAAGAUUGAGCGCAAGAAAGCAGAGCGAGAACAGCGAGAGCAGCUGAAGUCGCCUCGGACUCGCCGAGUUAGCCGCGGUAGUACCCUCUCCCCAGGCCCUGUGGGCCUGGCUCAUCGCUUUGGUAGCAUGGAGAAUAUAUCAUUCCUACCAGGUUUGGACACACUUUUGGGACCAAGUUUAGGAAGAGGAAAUCCAAUGCUCAGUAAAAGUAUAAGUGGUCUAUCUGGUGGUUUCAUGGGAGCUGGUCUGAUCAGUAAGGUCCUGCUAGCCAACGCUGAUGCGCUGUGUGCGGCCGCCUCACCCCUCAUGGACCAAGACAUUGAAUCUGUUGAAGGUUAUACCGAGACGUGUGUGAUGAAUAACUACUUUGGUAUCGGUCUUGAUGCCAAAGUCGCCCUGGACUUCCACAACAAACGGGAAGAACAUCCCGAGAAAUGCAGCCGGACCAAGAACAUGAUGUGGUACGGCGUGCUGGGUGGCAAGGAACUCCUGCAGCGGACGUAUCGCAACCUGGAGCAGAAGGUCCAGUUAGAAUGCGACGGUCAACGGAUUCCACUACCCAGCCUGCAAGGCAUUGUGGUCUUAAACAUUCCAAGCUACAUGGGCGGGGCUAACUUCUGGGGGACCACUAAAGAAGACGAGACCUUUGCAGCGCCCUCGUUUGACGAUCGCAUCCUGGAGGUAGUUGCCGUGUUUGGCGGCAUGCAGAUGGCGGUCGCUGUGUCUCGUAUGAUGACCCUGCAACAUCACAGGAUAGCACAGUGUCACGUGGUGAAGAUCACCAUUCUGGGGGAUGAGGGUGUCCCCGUGCAGGUGGAUGGUGAGGCCUGGUUGCAACCGCCGGGGUUCGUCAAGAUCAUUCACAAGAACAGGGCACAGAUGCUGGUCAGAGAUAAGGCCUUUGAAAACACCUUGAAGUCCUGGACAGAUCGGAAGAAGAUCUGGAAACAGCUUCAGCCGUUGUCAGAUGAAGAGGUGGUGCUGGUCAGGCACUUCUGCGAGACUGUCAACGGAUUAGUCACAUGCAUACAAAGAGCAGCAGAACAGAACCGUGCAAUAGAGUCUGGCCUGAUGCACUACACACAGUUUGUGACGACUACCAUGGACCGAUUCUGGGGCAGUGAAAAACUUGGAGAGGGUACCAGUCGUAAAGCGCUGAUGGAGCUGGUCAGCAGCGUGCGGAACCUUCACAGCGAGACCAGUCUAUUCCUAGCUGCGAAGGCCUACACCACGCGCCUCGGCGACGAGAUCUUAACACGACUCAACAGUUCCGUCAGCGCAACGGACGUAGAGCUGCGUAAAGUCAUGCUGAUAGAGGGCGCUUUGGGAUUCCCCGAAGAGGAAUAUCAUCAGCCGGAUACUUACAUCAAACGGACCAAAGGUCGCUUCAAGCUUCCCAUGGUGUCACGCUUCAAGAAACCGACUAAGAAAGAGUUUAAGUCUACCUUCGCACCAGGGAGUCCGGGGGGAUCGUCAGAAGGAGCUUCUUCGGGUGAGUCACCAAGAGCCUGGACUCCUCUGCAGGUUGGUCUGUGGCUGGACAGUCUGUCCCUUGGAGAGUAUCGGGACAACUUCAUCCGCAACGACAUCCGUGGAUCGGAGCUGCUGACUCUGGAGAGACGAGACCUCAAGGACAUUGGAGUGACCAAAGUCGGCCACAUCAAGCGAAUCCAACAAGCAAUCAAGGAAUUAGAGAAGCGCGAUAGUGAACAGCCAGGGACGUCAUACAGCUAGCGGCAGCGUGUUGCCCAGCAAGACCGUCCUUGAUGUCAUACAGCUAGCGACGGUGUGUUGCCCAGCAAGACAACCCUCAACGCCAUACAGCUUGACGGCAUGUUGCUCAGCAAGACAGCCCCUGACGUCAUACAGCUAGCGAUGGCGUGUUGCCCAGCAGACAGUCCCCAACGUCGUACAGCUAUCGGCUGUGUGUCACGGAGCAGAAUCUUAUAUGCAAGAGAACGGAGCAGGACCCUAUCUCAUGCACUGCCGAAUAGUGGGGCUGAAUCAUGGCCCUUCAACAACAACAAAUGCUGUGUUUUUGAUUGAUGUACCAAAAGUGGGAAGUGAACUUAGAGAAGAAAAGUGAAAAGUGAAUGAACUUGUGUCAAAUGGAGACUCGAUUUCAUCGGUUAUUUAUUUUUUAAACCAUUGUUCAAACUGACAGACACCAAUUUUUAUGAUCUGCCCCAUUUAAGCUGUUUGAAUUAGAAUAAACUGGGUUUUUACAGUUUUCAAGCAGAGCCUUGUAUUUGAAAAGAAAAAGGACAAACCUUGUCUCAGAGUUCUCUGUUCCAAUUGUACAUUGUAGGAUCUUGACAUUUAAAAGAGCCUUGUUGUUUUGAAAAUUGGGGGGAUUAUUGAAGUUUUGUAUCUUUGUGACUAUGAUGGUGAAGGCCAGGUUUAUAGUUAGAAGGAAAGAAAGAUUAUAUAAAACACUAAGCUGUCUUCUUUUGUAAGGCCGAAAUGGAAAAGGGUGUCGACUACAUGUGCUGUAUGGAUAGUGAGGACAUUUCAGCACAAAAAAGCUGAGCGAUUGAGUGUAUAUACUGUUGGUGGAUUUGAAAGUAUGGAUGUCGUAGGUUCGAUUCCUGUCUGCGCAUUUUUGCACCAAGAUCCUUUCUGUUCAGUUGACCAAACAUCAUGUGGCUUUGGAAUGCCAUAUGUUUGAUUCCUAUUUGUGUAAUGUUGCACUCAGGGCGUUUGGUUCUUAUAAUUGGUACGAUGUAGUCAAUCUUUUUCUAAAGUGAACUUAGUGUUGUAUUGGAAUAAACAGCCUUUCACUCAUAAACGUUUUGAAGAUGAAACUUUUCGAAAUUCGAGUUUACUUUUUCGUACCUUGUCAUUUUGAACUUCGUAUUUAACCUUUUUGAUACAUCUCUUGAAGUUUCAAUAUGAAGAGAGUCUUUAUUUUGUAUCUGCAGAAAGUAAAGUCAAAGUUAAAGACUUGAGUAUAUUUAUUCAUUUUCACCUGUAUUUAGGAUUAAUGAUCUUUGAUUGUACAUUGCUUUGUGUAAACAGAGCCUUUUUAUUACUUUUUUGACAUUGAUUUCAAAGUUUUUUUUUUUUCAUCACAGUUUAGUUUGUCUUUACUGUUUACUUUUAAUUUAUUUACUCUUUUUUAAUAAAAUGUCCAACAGAAAUCCGUGCACGGGAUAAAAAUGGUGAGCAUAGUCAAUAUGUCACCUCGUGUUUUACUCUUUACGUUUAGUUUGGGUCUAAAACGUACCCAUUUUAGAGAAAAGAAUUUGACAUAUGUUCUGUAGCUAUCGUUUCUUUAAGGCUGAGUAUCAUCUCUGGUAAUGUCAAUUGUCGUGUUAUAUCAUGACUAUCAUUCCAACCGGGAUCAUUGUGUUGCAAUUUAUAAUUGACAUUUGACCAAAUUAUGUCAGUCAUUCUUGAGUUUUUAUUAGCAAAAAGGGACCACAAAAUUCAAAAUUUGUAAACUAAACACAUUUUCAUAUUUCAACUUAAACUGGGAAAAAAUUAUGUAGUGAAUCAAGGAAAAAUAUCUCAAUAAGGGACCAUUUUCUAUAGAUAGAAUUAUCACGGAGCACUCUUACUAUUUUAGCCAAAAGUAUGUAAAUACCAUUGGUAAUAUAUGAAAAUUUCUUAUUUUUUCUUAAUGUUAUUUAUAAGAAAAAGGUUAUUUGUAGCGAGGAAGAAUUAUUCCUUCUUAUUUGAUUAGCUCAUUUUUAUUUCUUUAAAUAUUAUCAAGAAAUGCAAAUUCCCUCUAGUUAUGAACGUUAUUUAAUGUAUAUUUAAAAUUUUAUCACCGUUAUCAGCACAAGAUUUAUAUUCUAAGAAAAAAUGUUUUGUAUUUUAUUUGUAUUGGCACUUGCCAAGUUGUUAAAAUAAAUCUUAGCCCGUGUUUCUGUUUAGAAGAUUUUGAGAUUUCAAUUGUAAAGUGUCAAAAUAUUGUACAUCACAGUGCCAUAAAACUGUGGCCUUUUUGGUGAUAAUGAUCAUUGAGAGUUUAGCCUGAGCCAAAGAUGUUGUUUCUCUUCAGAUAUCGGUCUUAAGACGGAGUUGGAAUAUUUGUAGAAACUUUGCUCAUUUCGGACGACAGGUUAAAAGUCGGCCAAACAAGGACCUCGCUUGUUAAAAUGCUGACGUAUUGACGUUUGCAAAAAAAGCAAUAUAUUUACGUGGGUAAAAAAUUGAUCCUAAGGUCAGUUGUUGCGGUAGCACCAUGUGGCAAAAUCUCUUUUGUGAGUAUGUGUGGUUCUGAAAAGAACCGGAGGGACUCAACGUUUCGGAUAGUAUGCUCUGCCCGUCGUCAGGAGAUGACGAGAAUUGGUCACCAGUUAAUUUGGUUUUGUUGAGCAGUUCCGUUCUGCUUUUGAAACAGAGUUUGGGAAAACAAGUAUUUGGUGAAGUCUACGGAUGACAUAUCAAAUACAUUUUAUGCACCAGGUUGUAUGUCUGAAAAUCUCUAGGAGAUUCAGAUGUUUUAUUUAUGACAGUGAAGAUAUUCUUAUCAAAUUUGACACACUUGUGAUGGUUCGUAAGAGCUAAUAGGGAGGCUAGGCAGAGAAGUGUCUUAGUGACCUCUGCGUUUCCUUCAACUAUAGUAAGCAGUUUGCCAUUUUUUUCUUGGCAAAACGACAAAAUCAGGGAUGCUUGGCAAAAAUAUGCAGUAUUGUUUUUGAAAAAAAAUUAACUUUUUGGCUACGUUUGCAAUAGUUAAUGUAAGUGGUUAUUUGCUUUAAUUUAUUAUAAUGCCUUGCACAGGGUUUCCCCUCAAAGAAUCAAAUCAUUUGGUUGAUCGUUUUGGGUUUUUUUAUUAAUUACACAAAAAGUUUUGUAUCUGUUAUGAAUUUGUUGAAAAUGGUUGUUGGGUUGUUAUAGACCCAUUUGGGUCUUGCAAUAUCGAAAACGUAUUUAUGAAAACUUGAGGAAAAUAUGUCAACACAAAAGAUGAAGUAGGCCAUAUUCAGGGACAUCUCUUACAAACAACUCAUAUAUUGGACAUCUCCAUAAUCAAAACAAUUUUUUUAUUAUUAGUGCCAGUAAUAUUAUUUUCCCUUUAAAAGUGUAACUACUAAGAAAUCUUUUGUAGACAAAGUAGAAAACAAUAUUAAAUUGUUAGAACAUUCUUCUUCAAUCACCUUUUGUUUUAUAAGUGAUUUCGUUUUUAAAAUCAUAUCCUAGUUCCGGAUGGAAUAAUGAAAUAGCUUUUUUUUUCAUCAGAAUUUGAAUGAAUAUUCUUUUUUAUUCGAAGCAGUAAUUGAUCUUUUUUGUGACCGUAGUUUGCUGAAGAUCCGUUCAUGGUCGUCUUGUAUUUUUCUACACACACUGUGCACUUAUUUCUUAUGCACCAAAACUGUUUUUAAAAGGAAACAAAUGAUUCUUGAAAUAGAAAGAACAAUAAAUACAACAGUUAAAAAAAUCA